AUGUACAAACUCAAAGAGAAGGAUAUCCGAAAAAGGAAGCAAGAUGAAAUUAAUCAAGGAGGAAGUCCCAAGGUAAACGGAAGUAAUACAUCUCUUCAAAUCAACACUUCAAACCUCCAGCCACAAACACCUACAGAAACAACUCCAACCAGUACUGUAAGUGGGUCGUUCACUCCGACACUCUCCACUCCCACAACAUUGUCAGGAAUGUCAUCAUCUAUGCCUACCUUCGCUUCAUCAUCGAGCGAUCUUCCAAUCUCUCCACCUACCAAAAAAACUAAAUUUUCAGACCAGGAAAUUCACGAUUUAAAACUUGUCAAUGAGCAACGAAAGCGACUUUUAUUGAAAAAUAAGGAGCUCACCAGAUUGAACGAUCAAUAUCAGAAAGAGGCUGCUGAGUCUUCAAGACAACGAGAUAUUGCACAUUCAAACAUGAUUAGACUUUUAAGACAAUUUAAUCAUAUGAUCGAGGAUGUUAUGUUACAACUCUCUAGAUUACCUGCAGUUCCGAAUGGGAGGGUAGGUGAAGAUGUUUUUGCUAAAGUUUAUGACACAAAUGUGGAUGAAGAAUCUAUCAAUCAAUUGUUUGAACGGUUCAGGUCGAUACUAUCUAGAAUAGUGCAUGCAAUUGAUGUUUUGAAGGAAGAGAAAAUGACUAACAAUGAAAAGCAGCUGGAAGAAGGACUUCGAAAUCUAAACUCACAGUAUAGAGAAAUGAAAGAUGAAUAUAACGCCUUGAAUGAAAGGUUACAACAAUCUGAACAAUUAAUAAGGAAUCUCAAACAACAACUUGAAGAUAAGGAAGAAGAUUUAAAAACUUCCAAAAACAAAAUCGAGAGACUCUCCUAUGAGAAAGAAGAAUUAUUAACAUCCACUCCACUAGCCACCCCAGUUUCCCCUUUUACAUCUCCAACUAAAGUUUUUCCCUCAUCUAGUUUUGAUAAUUUACCACAAGAUGAAACUAAGAUGCUUAUUGCCCAAAGAGAAGAAGAAAUUAACGAAUAUGUGCAGAAGUACAGCAGAGCCAAUGCGUUGAAUGAGGAGCUCAAAGCUAAAGUUGAAGAGCUUGAAUCUAAGAUUAAAAAUUUAACAUUAGACAUUGAUUUUUACAAGGACACCCUCCAGAAAGAGAAGUUAAGAUUAGAAGCCCAUUACGAGAAGUAUAACGCUGAAGUUGAGAGGAAUAAGUUGAAUCUCAAGAAUUUAGAAGACACCUAUACCUCUUUUAAGGAAAAGAUGAAACAAGACUUUGUGGAAGUUAAAAACGAAAACAAACAACUCAAAGACACCAUAGAAAAACUAAAUAAGGAAAAAUCUGAAAAUACUCUGUUAAAACAGAACGAACAACUUCUCCAAAAGAAGAAAGAACAAGUUGAAAAAUAUAACAAGUUAAAGUAUAGAUAUGAAAAGGCUAAGCAGGCUGCAGAGGAAGCCAAAGUUUAUAAGCAAGACAAGGAGGACAUUAUUCGACAGUUGAACAUGUACAAGAAGCGAAAUGAAGAAUUAGCCAAACAAAUUUCAUCCCAAACUGAAACAUCCAAAGAAAGUGCAUCCACCUCUGAAGGAGCAUCCAAAGAAAGUACUUCGGAAGAUCCAUCGUUUUUGAAAUCAGAAAUUAUCAAAUGGAAAGAACAAAGUGAAAUGUUUGAGGCAUCAUUGAAUGACACCAUUCAGGCCUAUGAAAAGCUUCAACAAGAAAAGGAUGAAGUAACUAGGAGAGUUGACAGAGCCGAAGAGCAACGAUUGGAGUCCAUGAAAGAGAAGGCAAAAAUGGAAAAAAUAGUGGAAUCUGUCAAGGAUGAUAUGAAAAAGAUUUCAGAUACUUGUGCUGAGCUUGAGCGUGCAAAGAAGCAACAGGAAGAAAGGAUACAAUCACUAGCCCAAGAAAAGGCAGUGUUGGGCGAGUUAAUAGAAAAACAAAAACUGGAAGAGAUAAUGUAUAGGAAAACCCUAGAUCAACAACGACAGGCUCUAGAUCACUAUAAACUGGUAGUACCCAGCCUACACUCUGAAAUAGAGCUGCUGAAAACUAAAAAUACACAACUGAUACAGGACUUGGAGAAGAAAGAAAAUGAAUGCAACAAACAAUCUCUUGCUAUUAAGAGGUUAAACGAAGAGAAACAACGAAAGAAAGAAGCCGAAAUUGCUAGUGCUAGCACUGACGAUUAUUUCAAGAGAAAGAUUACUUGCACACAGUGUAACGAUCGAGAAGUGGAUCAUGUCAUUUGCCGAUGUUUCCAUACUUUUUGCAAGGAAUGUGUCAACUUAAAUAUCAAAACAAGAAACAGGAAAUGCCCAAAAUGUGGCGUUCGUUACGAUCAAAACGAUGUGAAACAAUUUUACCUCAAUUAA